GACCCCUAGAUUUUCUCGAGCCUCCCCUCACCGCGCACGGUGCGCGGAUCCCCAACGCUCACGAUAACGGCGCGACCAUUAUUCCCUGCACUCCACUCUCUCCGCAAUCUCAAUCCUCCACUCCACUCUGCCGCUCCACUCUCGCCCGCUCCCCAACCCGCCGGCGGCAAUGGCGUCCCUCCGCGCCUCCCUCCUGCUCGUGGCCGUGCUGUGCGCGCUCGCGGCGUCGUCCGCCUCCGCGGCCCGCGACCUCCGCUUGCGCCCUACCCAGUUCGUCGUGCGCGGCCGCGUCUGGUGCGACACCUGCCGCGCCGGAUUCGAGACCCCGGCCUCCACCUUCAUCGCUGGAGCGAAGGUUAGAGUUGAGUGCAAGUCGAGAUCUACUGGGGCCCAGACAUGCAGCUUCGAGGGUCACACCGACCACACCGGUACCUACAACAUUCCUGUGGCCGACGAGCAUGAGCACGAGCUCUGUGAGUCUGUCCUCAUCAGCAGCCCAGACACGGCGUGUGCCAAGACAGUUGCUGGGCGGGAGAGGGCCCCUGUCUUCCUCAACAACAACAACGGCGUCGCGUCCAACGUCCGGUUGGCGAAUGCUCUGGGGUUCGAGAAGGACACCCCUCUGGCUGCAUGCACGCAGAUCCUCAAGAUGUAUGAGGAGGUCGACGACCGCGUCUGAGCACUCCGCGCUCGCUAUCACGAAACAGGUUAAUGUAUUACUAAAGCUGUCGCGUGAAAUGUCGUGAAACAUCGAUCUAUAUGUGUUACCAAGACCAGAAGUAUCGCCGCUUGUGUGCUUGACACUAUGGCGUAGCGCUUGAGUGUGUAUGUUGAUCGCUGGUUCAGGUUGAACCACGAAACUUGUGAGCUAGUAAAUCAGACAUGUUGGUUCAUCUUAGCAGGCUAAUGUUAUGAGAUUGUUGUUUGUCUAA